AUGGCAGGGAAAGAUGAAAACCAAAACCCAGCCAAGCCAGCAACCGACAAUUUUGAUGAUACAAAUAAUCCCUAUUAUCUCCAUCAUUCUGAUCAACCUGGUCUUGUGCUUGUCACGCAACCGCUUAUUGAAGAAAACUAUAGCACGUGGAGUCGUACCAUGCUGAUGGCUCUCAGCAUCAAAAACAAAGAAGGCUUCGUUGAUGGCACUAUCAAACAGCCGUCGGAAACCACAACCUUAGAACUCCAACAAUGGAGGCGCUGCAACAACCUCGUAAAAGCAUGGCUUUUAAAUUCAAUCUCACAGGAUAUUAGAGCAAGUAUAAUAUACUAUCAAAAUGCUCAUGAAAUCUGGAAUGAUUUAAAGGAUCGAUUUUCACAAACUGAUAGUGUUCACCUGUUUCAUAUUGAAGAGGCCAUCUAUAAUUGCAAACAGGACAACCUGACUAUUGGAGCUUAUUACACCAAGCUCAAAGAUCUAUGGGAUGAACGUGAUGCACUAUGUUGUAUCCCAACAUGCACUUGUGGCGCCAUGAAAGAGGUUCUACAGUUCCAACAAAAUCAAAUGACCAUGAAAUCCCUCAUGGCACUUAAUGAAGUUUAUGUUGCCGUUCGUGCUCAGAUUUUGCUCAUGGAUCCGCUUCAUACUGUCAACAAGGCAUAUUCCCUUAUUCUCCAGGAUGAAAAACAGCGAGGAAUGUCGAAGGGAGGUACAAUGAUAGCCGAAGCUUCAGCCUUUGCUGUGAAGAACAACUCACGAAAUUUUGAGAAGACUUUCACACCCAAAACUCCUCAUCAAAAGUGUGGAAUCUGUGAUAAAAUUGGACACAACUCAGAGGCAUGUCGAGCACAGCUCAAAUGUGAUUAUUGUGGCUGGCAAGGACACACCAUUGAUGUAUGUCGAAAGUUACAGAGGACAAACUUUGCAGGUAACAAACAUACUCAGCGAGAGCGCAGGAACCCUUCCCAUAAAGUCAAUCAUGCAGAUGCCAAUAUGCCACUCGCCAUCACAGCAGAACAAUAUCAGAAUCUUAUGUCAUUACUUACCUAG